GAUGUGAAUUUUGUAUUGGUGCGCACGUAAUAACUCAUCAUUGUGUGCUCUCCCCUGUUGUAAAGAGAGGAUACCUGUACAAUAUACAGCUGUGUGUGUGUGUGUGUGUGUGUGUGUGUGUGUGUGUGUGUGUGUGUGUUUUAAUAUGUUUUACUUUUUCUUAUAUGCGUAGAAUCAUACGUGCUCAUGAAUUACAAGGUCAGAUCAGGCUUGACCACGUAAUUUUCAAGGCAAGGUUAUUAACAGUAGCAUUACAAAUAGAUGUUGAAAGCUAAUUUAUCAAGUACAAAUCCGAAAUGAACAGAAUUUAUUUAGAAGUAAUAACACAUGAACAGCUUUUGAGAUAAGUGGAGGAGGUAGGAGAGCCUGGUAAAAAGGUGAUGACAGUAUGAGCAGCACUUCUGGGGAAGACUCAAUCAACUUCUCCGAAUUCGGAACUGUAAUAGAAACUUUUUUGUUCUUCUACACAAAUGCUUCUGAUAAAUUAUUACCGAUUUUUUUUUACUUCUUCUUCUGCUGACCCAUACAAGUGUAAGGACUGAAGUGUUGAGAACUCUAAAGAGUGACACAGAAUUUCCGUUAAGUAAAUGUAUGAUCAAUCUGGCAUAUGCAAGAACGUUUUCUAUAGUCAUGCGUAUUUAAGACUCUCCACCGUGUCCAAAUGUGACUGGACACAUAAAAAGAAAUACCAAAUUUCACAUGAUGGAUUACACAAAACAACACAACACACACAAGAAAGGGAAAUGGGGACAGUGAGAAAAUAAUACAUGGUGUAAGUAGACAAUAUGGAUCGUUCAAUAUACGGCAACACUUCUGAAGCACGCAAUAACACAAGUUCUGCAGUUGCACCGAAGACGCUGCAAGAACAGGACCGUCAUGACGCGCCUGUCUGACCGCCUCCCACCACCUCUGCUCUUCGGUGUUGUCUUCUCUUUCUUGGGAUUUUGUUUCUCCAACCAGCAAUCAGAGGCGAGGGUGCGGCUGUUCUCCCUGCAGUCUGACAUUUGGCAGCCACCCCGGGAUGACGUGUACAUCAGGUUCAACAUGACACGCAGCAGGGGGAAAGUUUCCAGCCUUACAGAAAUGACAGUUUGCACAAGGAUAUUUCUGACUGCCAUCACCAAACUUCAAGUGUUUCUCUCCUAUGCUACAGCUGACAGAUUUGCCAAUGCCAUCAUGUUCUAUGUAAUAGAUGGCAAGCACUUCUUCCGCUACAAUAACGAGCCCCAAGAGGCGAUUGAAGAGCUACACAUCCCGACUGUACUGCGGCGGUGGCGGCACUACUGUCACGUCCUAUCCGGUGACGCCUACACGGUGUAUGUGGACGGCGCCCCCUUGGCUAGUGCCCCGAUUCAGGGCGAUGACCGGGUGCUGCCUCUUAAUGGGACCUUCAUCGUUGGGCAAGAGCAGGAUUCACUCUCGGGCAGAUUCAACAGGUUUCAGAUACAGAAAGGAUACGUCACGCAAGUCAAUUUAUGGAGCCGAGGCCUUUCCCGAGCUGAGAUUGCAGCGAUAGCAAACUGUAGUGUAAACCUUAUGGGUGAUAUUCUUUCCACAGACAAUGAUGACCUUGAGCUUAUAAAUGUAGAUGAAGAGGGCAUUUCCCUUGAAGAAAUAUGUUCAAAGAAAGAACAUUUUAACAUAUUUCCAGAAGCCAGAACAUUUGAUGAAUCCAGGAGAAUGUGCCAUCUCGUAGGAUCCGAAAUGUACGGUCCUAUAACACAGAAGAGAAACCUGGAAGUCAACAGCACUUUGUGGAAUGAAGAGAUGUGCAAGAAAGAGUUGUUGUGGAUUGGCGUAACAGACUUGCAGGAGGAAGGAGUGUGGCGUCGUCUGCGGGACAACCAAGUUGUUACAGACAUAUUCUGGGGUCCAGGGCAACCUGACGAGACUCGGGUAGAGAACUGUAUAAUUAUGGGAUGGACAUCGUCCUGGAAUGACUACCCAUGCAAGAAACAAGUAGCAUGUGUAGUAUGUGAGGAAGCAAUUGAUGUUCCCUUAUAUCUCAGAGGAGCGUGUCGAGAGUUGCUCACCGAGACCAUGUUUGAAGUCUUAGGUUACUUUUCCAGCAAACCUUUCUUCCAUGGCUUUUAUGGCUACAUGAUACUGAAGUCCGAAGAGAAACAAUGGAGUCUUAUUGAUACUGUUUUUAAUAUCACAAUUGCCACACUUGCCUUGGCGUCUGAUGCUCAGUACCCACUCGGCCGGCAAUUCUGGUUCCUUCUGACACCAGUGUGCGACAAGGGAAAAGGGAGCCUAUUAGAGUUAAGCCUGUCAAUAUGCACAAGCGAUCAGUAUAUGUGCAACAAUGGCCAAUGCAUUGAUAUUGCUGACCGAUGCGAUGCCAAGGACGACUGUAACGAUGGCACAGACGAGGACAACUGUUCCGUCCUUCAGCUUCCUGAUGGCUACCGGAAGUUUAAGCCACCCAAAAAUGUUGAAGAUCCAAAUGAACCACUACAGCCAUUCAUGAAGUUCGUAUUCCUUCGGUUUCUAAAAAUCGAAGACGUCCAACAGGCCAUCACUCUUGAAUUCAUCGUCAGCCUGGAAUGGAUAGACACUAGACUUAAAUUCCUUAACCUGCGAGAAGACAUGAAUGCCAACGAACUGUCAGACAAUGAAGUGAACAGCAUUUGGUAUCCUAAAUUGGAGUUUCCAAACGUAAAAGAUGGGGUGAUUAAGUCAAUAAAGGAAAACUUUUUCGUAGACAGAAAAAAUUCCUCACUUCCAAGUGAUUUCAACAACGUCAAUAUGGAAACCGUAUACGAGGGCGCAGCAGCAAGAGUGAUUAAGCAGCAACAUUACAGCGGGAGCUUUGUAUGUGCCUUCGACGUGUUCUACUAUCCCUUCGACGUGCAGCAGUGUAGCGUCCUGGUGCAAGUGUCGUCCAUAAGCAAGAAACUUGUCUCUCUAACAAAAAGUCGUGCAGAAACCGAGUACAACCACAACUCCGAACUCUCCACGUACAUUAUCAGUGACUUCUUUGUCAAGGAAGCAAACACAACCUCUCGAGAGAGCAUUAUGGAGGUUGGCUACACCCUCACCCGACACUCGACGCUCAUUUUGCUUACCAUCUAUCUUCCGUCUGUCCUUCUGGUUGCCAUCAGUUACUCCACUCUCUACGUCAGUGUAAAGCUGCUCCAGGUUCGCCUCACCGUCAGCCUGACAACGUUACUGGUUCUGUACACCUUCUUUAACCAGGCAUCAGCUUCUUUGCCAAAGACAGCUUACAUCAAGAUGAUCGACGUCUGGUUCCUUUCCUGUACAAUUCUUCUUUUCCUCGUCAUCAUGAUUCAUGUUUCUGUCGAGUGCUUAGAGAAAGAGUCGGUCACAUCUGUCCGUCCGAUGUCGAAAAAGACAGAGCCUUGUAUUACAGCAGAGGGUCUCCUGCGUCUGGUCAGGCUCGUGGUGACGCCGAUCGUAGUUGUGGCCUUUGCCAGUGUUUACUGGAUCAUUAUGGUAGCCUAACUCGAAAUACAUUAGUAAGAACAUAUUCAUAAUGCUUCGGAAAGUAACACUGAAAUAUUUUUAAGUAUCAAGUUUAUUGUUAUCUAAGUGGGCAGUUGUUUGUAAUCCUUCCUCAAAUAUUUUUAAGUAUCAAGUUUAUUGUUAUCUAAGUGGGCAG